GGGCGCUUUCCCUGCCGCCGCCAGGACGCGCGGAGGUGGAGGCUCGGGUGUAUUCAAGAUUCGGCUCCAUCCUUAACCCACCGCCAUGGCCGAGGAAGGCAUUGCUGCUGGAGGUGUAAUGGACGUGAAUACCGCUCUCCAAGAGGUGCUGAAGACCGCCCUCAUUCACGAUGGCCUAGCACGCGGCAUUCGCGAAGCUGCCAAAGCCUUAGACAAGCGCCAAGCCCAUCUUUGUGUGCUUGCAUCCAACUGUAAUGAGCCUGUGUAUGUCAAGUUGGUAGAGGCCCUCUGUGCUGAACACCAUGUCAACCUAAUUAAGGUUGAUGACAACAAGAAGCUUGGAGAAUGGGUAGGCCUCUGUAAAACUGACAGAGAGGGCAAACCUCGUAAGGUCGUGGGUUGCAGUUGUGUAGUAGUUAAGGACUAUGGCAAAGAAUCUCAGGCCAAAAAUGUCAUCGAGGAAUACUUCAAAUGCAAGAAAUAAAUAAAAUUGGUUUUUAACAAAACAAAAAAAAA